UUUUGUUUAUAUUCGAACUGUUGUUUCGAUCGUUUCGAUUUGUUUUCAUCGUUCGUUUGUUUAUUCUGUGUGUACAUGCAUUUUGUUUUGUAAACGACAAGGACAGUCGAUAACCUUUAUUUGUUUAUUUUUUUAAAUGUUAUAAAAUAGUGUUCACAAAAUGUACAGGUUAUUAGGAAGUCUUAAAGAUUAUUUAAAACGACAAGAAAUCACAACCGAUAAUGUUAUAUUUCGUAUGCAUAAUAUAUUUACAACUGUUCUAUUGAUGACAUGUAGUUUAGUAAUAACAGCGACACAAUAUGUUGGGAAUCCCAUACAAUGCAUUGUAAACGGUUUACCAACACAUGUGAUCAACACAUAUUGUUGGAUUAGCUCAACAUUUACAAUGCCCGACGCAUUCAAACGACAGGUUGGAACAGAGGUUGCACAUCCUGGUGUUGAUAACGAUUAUGGUAAUAUAGAAGCACAUAAAUAUUAUACGUAUUAUCAAUGGGUGUGCUUUGUGCUAUUUUUCCAAGCUUUAUUGUGCUAUUUACCUAAAGUAAUAUGGGAUACUGUCGAAGGUGGUCUAAUGAAUACCCUUGUUAUGGGUUUACAUAUUGGAAUUUGUAGUCAAGAGGAGAAAAACAAAAAGAAGAAAGUGCUUAUCGAUUACCUUAUGCGUUAUAUAAGGAGACACAACAUGUACGCGAUACGUUAUUGGAUCUGUGAAGCAUUGUGCCUUGUAAACAUAAUAGUACAAUUAUGGUAUAUGAAUUACUUUUUCGAUGGUGAAUUCUUCAGUUAUGGUUUACGUGUAUUGAAUUAUUCAGAAACAGCACAAGAAGAUCGUGUCGAUCCAAUGGUAUAUGUUUUUCCACGAGUAACAAAAUGUACAUUCCAUAAAUAUGGUGCCUCUGGUACGAUACAAGUACACGACUCAUUAUGUAUAUUGCCAUUAAAUAUUGUUAACGAAAAAACAUACAUAUUUAUAUGGUUUUGGUUUAUAAUUAUGGCAACACUGCUCACUCUAUUGGUUGUGUAUCGGGCAUUCAUGAUACUAAUGCCAAAAGUACGGCCACGCUUAUUACAUGCUAAAAAUAAAAUGGUGCCAAAAGAAAUAUGUGAAGCUAUCUCAAGAAAAAUUGACUUAGGCGAUUGGUGGGUAUUAUAUAUGUUAGGUACAAAUAUGGAUCCAUUAAUUUAUAGAGAGGUUUUAUCAGAGUUGGCGAAAAAAAUUGAAACUAAUGCUAGUAAUCAACCUUCCUAAUUACGAAAUUAGUUAUUUUUAUUAUUAGUUAUUUUCUUGUUUUAAAAUGUUCUGCCAUUAUUUAUAGUUUUGAUUGGCCUAAGAACAAAGUUUGAGACAACUCAAAUAUGGGUUUAAAAAAAAUAUUUUAAAUGUAAAAUCAGAGCAAAUAAUUGACCCAAUAAUAGUAAACUAUGUGAGAAGAUCCGCAAAGUAAUUAUGGCAGAAUAGUAUUUAGACAAAACAAUUUUCUAAUUCCAGCCUCAAGCAGCUCAAUUGAAUUCGAUUUUUAUAUCGAUUAAUUUACAUUUAAAAUUUUGAUUCUAAAGAACUGAAAAAUUUCUUCAUCUUGCUUGUAAAUGCAAUCAAAAACUUUUGAAAAGACUAAAUUUGAAAGAGAGUUCGUAAAAUAUUUAAAUGAAAAUUAAAUUUAAGUGAGAAGGUUGCUAGAUCUGGAAAAAAACUACCAAGACUCCUUAGUUUAUAGGAUUAGGUUGGAAAGUAUUAUGUUGGAAGUACCUGAUCAAAGCAACUAAUUUCGUUUUUUUACAUAACUUGCCCUAAAUGUAAGAGGCUGUUGAAAAAAUCUCAUUUUUAAUGUGCUCUAUUUUAUAAGAAUCUCUUAAUCUUUAUUUAUUUGGAAAUAAUUGAUAUUAAACUGGUUCCAAUAGUAUUUUCAAUUUUUC